AUGGCCACAGAGGCGUCGCCAACACCGGCGUCAUCCGCAUACAGAACAAGCGGUGUACAACGACCAAUUUCGCGACACCUUUCUAGAUCCUCACUUUUGCGACCGAACUCAGGCCGCGCAUCGCCUGCUAUACGCAAUGAGCUUUUACGCAGUGGCCGUUCCUCGGCAGCCCAAAACUAUAAUGGCGACAGUUCAGAUGACGAGGUUGUUCCAGAACCAAAGUUCAGCGCAUCCGUCAAGGCGCUGUUAGAAUCAGAUGCAAUGAACAUGGACUCUUCUCCCCGCCACGAGUCUAGUUUAAAACGAUCAAGUAUUGCCACCAGAGACUUUCAGCACCCUCCAGCUACCUCUGUGCGACCUGAGAGGCAUGUGAGGGUAGCUUCCCCUCACGAUUCAUCCGGUGGUAGUCCAGCUCCUCGAGUGGUUCGAGUAGGCUCUGUGAAACUACAACCAAGGCCUGAAAGUGUAAGCUCCGAAAGCCAGAGCUACUCAAAAGAUUUUAUAACUCCAGCACCGCGUACACGCAGUGUUCGCAUUACUGGAUCGAGAAGUACCACUCGCUCUCCGCUUUCAAAUUCACCAUCACACAAGCCAACAGAUAUGGAACUGUCUAGCGGUCCAAAAGGCUCAGAUAUCUCAGGCGAUGAGAAGCGACCUCGCAUGGAUGAUGAAUUUGCUCCACGUAUGGGAACUUCAUCGGUGUUGAGAUCGCGUAAUGCUGAGGAACCCGGUCUUCAGAGUUCGCUCCGCGUCAAACGAGUGGGCAGAUUGACUGGGUCUUUUCUGAAUGGACCGGCUCGAAGAGGUGUUCUACGCAGGCAGAGCGAAGAGAUCAAUGAACAAAAUGAGGGUGAUGAUCCAUCACCUGAAAGGCGUUCUAAACAGCCGUCACCACUACAAUCACGAGAAGAAAAUGGAGCUAGUGGUCGUCUCAGUAGAGCAGCGUCAUCCCCAAGAUUAUCCUGGAUCGAUUCCGAUCCCCGUAUUUUGGAGAAGCCGGCGCCAGCUGUACCAAAGCCAAUCAUUGAGAUUCCAUUUUCUGGACCGCCAUCACCAAGGUCAUAUCGGUCUCGAUCUACACCGGGAACUGCGUCAGAAGGCUCGUUGCAAUCCGAGGGCGUAAAAGAGCAGCCUCAAUAUCGAGUACCACCUCCGGUGCUUCCAUCAGCACAGGAUCAAGAAAAUGACCCGCCACCCACAUUCAAAAGAGCCAAAUCCUCAGGACUGAGUCUUUUAGAUAAGCCCGAGAAAUUUUCGGUAAUAUACGACGACGACAAGAAAGAACAUGAACAACAGCCAGCGACAGCCUCUCCCCGAAAGCCUUUAACUUCUCGAAGCAACAACACUCCUCGUCGGCCGGCACCGCCGCCACCCAAGAUGUCUGUCUUGGAAACAGCUACAGCAACUGGAGGCGCAGCGACCACUGCUUCUCAUUCGCGAAAGAAAAAAAGUCAGGUGGUGAUCAAUCACAAAGCCUUCACUCGCAUGGACUGUAUUGGUCGUGGUGGCACCUCUCGAGUUUAUCGCAUCAUGGCUGAAAACUAUAAAAUAUUUGCCCUCAAGCGAGUGAACCUGGAAGAUGUGGACCGUCUUACAUUGGCAGGGUAUAAGGGAGAAAUUGAUUUACUCAAGAAGCUGGAGAAUGUGGAACGAGUUGUACGACUCUUUGACUGGGAAAUCAACACCGAAAAACACACCUUAAGCGUACUUAUGGAAAUUGGUGAAUCCGACUUGGAGAAAAUCUUGACCUAUCGUCUCAAUGCCGAAGAUGCCGUCUUUGAUCCUAGUUUUACACGCUAUUAUUGGAAAGAGAUGCUCGAAUGUGUUCAAGCAGUGCACAAGUUCAACAUCGUUCAUUCUGAUUUGAAGCCUGCAAAUUUUCUCCUUGUGCAAGGACGACUAAAACUUAUCGAUUUUGGUAUCGCCAAUGCAAUCCAGGAUGAUACCGUCAAUGUGCAUCGUGAACAGCAAGUUGGCACCCCUAAUUACAUGUCACCGGAGGCCCUUAUCGAUUCCAAUGCUACAUUAGGUCUGCCAGCAAGCGUGGGGAAGAUGAUGAAGCUUGGGAAACCUAGUGACGUUUGGAGUCUUGGCUGUAUCCUGUAUAAGAUGGUAUAUGGACAGCCACCAUUCGCGCGUAUUGCUAAAUACUAUGAACGACUCAUGGCUAUUCCCAACCCCAAGGUCGCAAUCGAGUUUCCUCAGUUUGCUAUUGGCGGCGUGACCGUUCCAUUUGGCUUGAUGCGGACUAUGAAACGUUGCCUGCAACGAGAUCAGACUCUUCGCCCAUCUAUUGAUGAAUUACUGAGCGAACGUGAUCCUUUCUUGUAUCCUGAGGCUCAGCUCGAAGGAACUGUUCCUGUAACGCAGGAGAUGAUUUCUCGGAUUUUGACAAAUGUGGUGAAUCACUGCCGCGUGCGAGGCAUACCGAAGGAGGAAGAACUAGCCGCAUGGCCUGCUGGCUUUUUUGCGAAGAUUAAAGCGGCAGUUGAUGAAGAACACAAAUGA